UAUACGCAGCAGUCGUAAACAAAGUGACGUGGCCAAAGGGCUAAUCCAGCAACGAAAAAAGUCUGCCUAAAUUUCACAGUUUAUUGCACAGAUUAUUUUGCAAUGUCUGAAAUAAUUUCUUAAAUUAUCAUUCCAAAGGUUACGUUUUAAACUUUCAGUCUUAAAACGUUUUUACGGUCCCCCUCUGUGGACACUUAGCACCCAGAAGCUACAAGCAGCUUUGUUAUGUCCAGAGGAGAUAACUGAGAAGAGAUGUCAGUCAACGAGAGCACAGAGGCAGAGACUUUUUUUGAGGCGGUGGAAGAUCAGGAGGCUUUAGAUGAAGGGUCCCAGCCAACCUCACCUGCACCGAGCUCACCUGCGCACACACCUGACAGCUCCAAUAACAUCUCCACAGAUGUAGCACCAACGAGGAGGGUGAGGAGGAGACCGGAGCCCAAAGCCCCCACUCCACCCUCUGAGAAAACAGAGGAAAUGCACAAAGAGGAACCACAGCAACCAACCAAGAGUCCAAGUGAGUCGACUGUUGCUCAGGGAGGAUGGGGUUACUGGGGCAACUGGGGCAAGUCUAUCCUGUCCACGGCAACGGCGACAGUCGCAACAGUCGGUCAAGGCCUCACUCAGGUGAUUGAGAAGGCUGAGACAUCUUUGGGAAUUCCCAGUCCAACUGAACUAUCUGCAAAAGUCGAGGAGGAGCAGAAACAACAGGGAGAAUCCAGCGCUGAACCUGACACAGCCUCUGGAGAAGCCUCAUCUCCGGUGUCAGGAGCCAUGGGAAUGCUGUCUUCUCUUAGCAGCGUCGUACAGACAACUGGUAAAACGGUAAUCACAGGAGGUUUGGACGCUCUGGAGUUCAUCGGUAAAAAGACGAUGGAUGUGAUUGCCGAAGGAGACCCAGGAUUCAAGAAGACGAAAGGACUGAUGCACAGGAAUGCCACCCUCUCCCAGGUUUUGAGAGAGGCAAAAGAGCGUGAGGAGCUCCAGACCGCAGACACAGAGUGCGACACAGACCGGAAACCAGUUGCUCAUUAUGGGAUGCUGUUUGACGAAUACCAGGGUCUGUCCCACCUGGAGGCGCUCGAGAUCGUGUCCAGAGAGAGUGAAUCCAAGGUGAAGUCUGUGUUGACGACUCUGUCCGGAGAUGAACUGAUGGAUUUGAGAAAAGAGCUGGAGGAAAUCAAAGAGGCGUUUUCUCUGGUGGAGUUUGAUGAUGAUGACGAUGAGGAGAAAACAGAUGAAGACGGCUCAGAGUUUGAGAAAGAGUUGACAAAAGCAUUAGAAGGACUCAGCAUUUCUGCCACAACGGACAAACUCACCAAGGCCUGUAAGAGCACGUGUUCUCGAAUCACCUCCAUCAAUGCACCAGAAGUACAACAAGAAGAGGGUGAAGAUUCAAAAGUUAUGUCUGUCGAGGAGGUCCACGCUGCUGCCAUCCGGAGUCUAGCUGAACUCACAGCUCGCUCCAUCGAACUUUUCCACAAACUUGCCGAAAUGAUUCUGUUUUCAAAUGGAGACGUGACGCCUCAAGUUCUCUCACAGUUAACCAUCAUUUUGUGCAAAGAAAUCUCUCUACUUUCAAAGAAAUUCACCUCAUGCCUAACAACGACAGGGAACAACGAGAAAGGAGAUGUGCUCAAUCCUCUGAUAACAGGAGUUUUUCUCGAGGCUUCUAACAGUGCGUCGUACAUCCAAGACGCCUUCCAGCUCCUCAUGCCAAUUUUGGAGAUUUCGCACAUUGAGAGAAGAGCUGACAAAUAAUCAUGGCUUCUUUGGCAUCUUUUUAAUGGAAAACCCACUAUUCUCAGGAAAACCUUCUGAGACUUCUAAACAGUGUUAUUAAGUUUACCAUUAUGUGUAAAGGAAUGUAGAGGGAACGGUUUGUAAGUCUAGCAAAUGGGAACAAAUGUUUGGGGGCUGAGUAUCUAAAGGGCACAGGUGAAAAAGUUCAUGCAAAGUUCACAAGCAAAAUAUUCACAUAACAAUUGAAAGAUUAUGACAACUAAAUAAAAGAUUCCUUCUCCUAAAGGUGCACUGCCUAACUUUACUGGUAGACAGUCCACCACCUGUUUGUAUCUAUGGAGAUGUUAUUGCCUCGCCAUGUUAAUAAUGGGUAAACACUUGCAGUAAAAAGUGAACCUUUAUUGGGAUUCUUUUUUUUUUGGUUGUUUUUUGUUUAACAUGUUUUUAUUAUUUUUUUCAGUUUAAAUUACACCAUUCAUUUGUGUGCUUUAGUUCUCAGCCCUUGCCAAUGUACUUACUACGUACUAUUUUAUGGCAAUACAAUAUUUUCUGGAAAAGAGAAGAGGCUUGGUUGGCACAGUAUUGCCUCUAGAGGGGGCUCAAAGUGUAAUAAAUGGACAAUUUUUUGUUUUGCAAAUAAAUGACAAUAUUUAAAUAACUUUACAUUUACACCAAUUCCAAGGAAAACUAGCAACAAUUUUUUUUGUUCUGACAUUUUUUAUUAAUUUUCAGGACCAAAGAUAAUUUAUAAAAACUGAAUAUAUUAAUAACCUUCAUGUUUUCCCUAUAUUUUUU